AUGGUACGACUGGUGAAGCAGCGGAUGCAGAUGUACAACUCGCCGUUCCGCUCGUGCCUGGACUGCGCGCGCUCGGUGUACCGGCAGGACGGGCUGCGCGCCUUCUACCGCGCCUACGGCACCCAGCUCACCAUGAACGUGCCAUUCCAGUCGAUCCACUUCGUCAUAUACGAGUGGGCGCAGCGCGUGACCAACCCGCAGCGUCAGUACUGGCCGACGGCGCACAUGCUGAGCGGCGCGCUGGCCGGCGCCGGCGCCGCCGCCGUCACUACGCCGCUCGACGUCUGCAAGACGCUGCUGAACACGCAGGAGGCGCGGGUGGUGGCCGACGCCGGCGCCGGCCGGCCCAUCUCGGGGCUGCCGGCCGCCGCGCGCGUCGUGUACCGGCUCGGCGGCGUGGGCGGCUUCUUCCGCGGCCUGCAGGCGCGCGUAGUAUACCAGAUCCCGUCGACGGCCAUCUGCUGGACCGUGUACGAGUCGAUGAAGUACGCGCUGAGCCGGGCGGGCGUGGCCGAGCGCGCCGCGGCGGCCGAGAGCGCCGCCUCCGCCGUGUACCCGACAGUGCCGUUCAACAGGGCGCACGCCCAGGCGUCCGACUUCUCACCGCGCUCCUUGUGAGCGCGCGCGCCCCGCGAGAUUGACCGAUGACGGCUCGGCUGGGACGCGCCGGCCGCGCGAGACCCGGGCUGUUGUCGGAGGCUGCACGGCCGCGCCGGGCGCGCUGCUCGCUGGUGAUGGUGGAUCCGUGCGUCUGGACUUUAAACACACGCACACCUCUAUUUUGGUGCUCUGGUGCUUUCGGAGUGCGGCUGCAGCCCUGACCGGCGCGAGCGGUAUUCUGGCCGCUGCUGUUUCCCCGGGAGUGUAGCUGCCCGUCGGAGGUGACGACCGGCGCCGGCCGCGCGCCGGCGCCGUCGCCGUCGCCGGCCGUCAGUCAGUCCGUCAGUAUUGACUGGCCACAACGCGGCAAUAUUUUAGACCGGUGAUCGCUGAUGUACCUGAUGCUAGUCUCGUCGCGCAACAUCGAGACUGGGCGGCGCCUGCCGCCGCCGCCCGACUAGCUGGGAACUGUUAACCGUCGCUCGCCGCAGCCUCGACCCCCGUCCCGUCCCUCUCUCCCGACCUCCUUCUGCGCCGAUCCGGCGUCCGACGCGCGUGUCUGCAGGCGCUGAUGGCCCCUGACGCCCCGCCCCGAGGGGCCACAAGCGGCCCCGGUUCGCGAUUCGGCGCCGUGAGGGCGGCCCUUCUCACCUCUGUUACCUCCUGUACGGUGUGCGUUCAGGUUUGCUUGUUUGCUUUGCAACGGCCUCGCCCGCUUUCAGUCGCGUCGCCACGGUUCUGUCCGUCUCGGUUUUCGGAGCAGGUGCGAUGACCGCGGGCGUCCGCGUCCGUGGCCGGGCCCGGGCCUCUCGAGCGGUGUGGCGCGGCGGCACGGUGGCCGCCGACCGCUGGGCAGUGUCGCCGCCCCUCCGCCGGGUGCCGGCGGGCACGGUCUCCUCGCGACCACGUCCGCGCACGCAGCGCAUGCCUGUUCCACGCGCACGGAUGCGACUCUGGAGGAUUGGAGUGCAGCUGGUGUCGCCGCUUCAUUUGACCACGGUGCGUGAUCGGCGCGCAGCGAGAGAAAAGGUUUUUGGGCCCCCUAUCGACGACGCCGCCAGUUUGGUGCUGGCGGCCCUUCUGGUUCAGCAUCACCGUCCGGUGCUCGCCCGAUGCAUAACCGCAGGGUUGAUCAAAUUGGGUUCCGGGUUUAGUGGGGCGAGUUCGCAGCGCGGUGAUGCUGAACCUCUCAUUUAUUUACCUAGUUAAACCCUAUCCGUAAGGCAACAAUGGGCAGGGAGAGAGAUUCAGGUCCAGAGGCGGCUUAACCUUUCCCAGCACCGUUGUUAUAGCUGUAUGCGUUUUGUUACUUGCUGAUAGUCAAUACAUGAACAAG